AUGGCGAGUCAACCUUCAGACAGCGACAAUCUAUUCCUCCUUGUAUACGAAAUUGUAUCAAAAGUUAACAAAGGGGAUAAAGGGUUUGCGGAGAUACUCAAUGAAUUAUACCGUCUAAACCCAUCUUGUACAUUAAUACUCAAUGCUUUAACAACAUAUCAUUUAGAACACUCUAAUGACCCGGAAUUUAAUUCGAAAGAUUUUGGCGAUUUAUUGUGUGCAUUUCAAUCAAAUGGUAUUCUAAAUUCUAGUGACAUCAUCGCAAAUUUCGAUCCACAUAAAUUAGAUUCUUUUGGUUACUCAAAAGGGCUAUUCUCCAUAGCAAUUAAGGAAAAAACUAAGAAAUUCUACACAUUGAAUAUUUAUAAUUUAUGGAGGGAAAAUCCCAAGGGGUUUAAUUCAGUCUAUUAUGCCUUAACUCAUUUCCCAGAUGAGAUUCCAUAUCUAACAAGUAAAUAUUUUCUAUGUCCUAGGAAACUACUGAUGCUAUCAUUAAUAGUUCUAUCAGAUAAUAUUAAUGAGAUUGACACUGAAGAUAUUUUGGAAUUGCAAUUAUUUAAAUUUAUAACUAAGUUUACACCAGAAUUGAUUACGUCAAUAGUUUGCAUUAGAUCUACUUGUAAAUCUGCAAGUCAAGAUCACCCCUGGCUUCCUCCGUCCUGGUGGAGACUUUUGGCCAUUUUAGCAAUUCAUAAUCUAAUAGAUGUGUAUCAACUUUAUAAAAUUAUAUCCCCUAAUGAAGAAGAGUUGAAUUCUCUAACUUGUACUAUUGGGAAAGUCAAUUCUCCUGGAAAUAAACCAAUAUCAUCACUUUUGUCAUCAUCCAACUGUAAUUCAAUAUCAAAUUCACAAUCUGCAAUGCCUAUUACUGGCUGUGAUGAUCACUAUCGUUUAUUUGUAUAUAAAGGUUGGAGACUGAGCUCAGCUUUGGUAGGCGUCGAUUACGAGGAUUGGGGGUUUGCAAACACACAAUCUCCUAUUACAGACUCUACAAGUUGCGAUGCAAAUAUAGCAAGAUUAUAUACAUGUUCAAUGCCAAAAUUUCAACUUCUAGGGCAUCUCCACUCGGAGUUUAUAGCUAAUGACUCAUAUAAAAUGAAACAAUUACCAAAAAUAUAUAAUGGUCACUUUAAUUAUUAUAUUUUACAAGGAUUGGCAACUAAAUUGAACAAGCUUAUAUCACUACCUAUACAUGAUGUUGUUUUGAAAAUGAUAACAAUGACACUAAAGGAAAUUGGGGGCAAUUUAUCACUUCUACCUCACCAGUAUAUUAAUUUUCUUAAUUUUUUAAUCAAUAAUUCAACAAGCAUUCCACAGAGUCAAAUGGAUACCAUAAUUGUAAAUUCAUUGUUUCCAUCACUAAUCCUUUCCACUAGAGGAAAUGUACAACCGGGAGAUUUGAUUUGGGAUUUAAUAUCAACCUUUCCAUCAUGGAGGCGUUAUCAUCUUUAUUCUACUUUUGAAAAGAAAUGGCUAAAGAAUUCAAUAUCAUAUGAUGAUAAUGAUAUUAAUUUAUCCAUCGUAUCAAAUACACACAAUGAGUAUAAGAAAUCAUAUCGCGGUAUUCUAAAACGUGUUACUUCAUCAUUAACUUCCACAAAUUCUUCCUCAUCCACUAGUAAAAAAGUAUCUGCACGGGCCACUGUAUCUACUGUAUCUGGUAUUGCUGCAGUUGAUCCUUGGGCCAUUGUGCAAACUGGAUUAUUUCAGGCUGAAACCUUUCCAAAUCUCAUACCUUCAGUGGUAGAAACUGGAAAGUAUUUACCCAAACUUACAUUGGAUAUAUACUUUAAAUACAUAGUAAAAAGCAUGGCAGAUAGCAAAUUAUUAAAGGUUAUACAUGGAGAACUAGCUGGUAGAUUAUUUAAAAGGCAUUUCAAUGCAGAUAUUGAGCCAUUAUUACUUUUUUUAACGGAAAAAUUGAUUGAAACGAGCAAAAACGCGACAUUUGGAAAUCAGCCAAUACAAAUUCUAGAAUAUUUGUCAAAAUUUAUAACCUUUGGUGCAAAUUUAGCUAUAUUGCCACCCACAGAAGCUCUUACUAUUGAACAAAUUUUAUGCCAAGCUGGUGGUCCGUUACUUGCUGCAGAAAGUCUUUCCAUUGGCAAUUUACGUGGCGAUGAAGGCGAAUGCAAGAGUAAAAUACGUUUGAGAAAGGGAUUAGAUAAUGGGAAUUUAAUUCAAAUAAUUCAAAACAUACUUAAAAAGCUUCUAUACGAAUCACUUUACGAUUGGGAUGUAACUACUGUAUCAAUUGAUUCCCUGAACAAAUUUGUGGAUACAAUAAAUGAAACAUUGAAAACAUUAGAUUUGCUACAACAACAACAAACAAUGGAACAGCGAUUAAAGAAGUUCGAUGAAUCUUUCGCAUCAUAUCUUAACGAUAAGAGUCAAACUAAAUCUGAGAAUGUCAUUUAUAAAUAUGAAUUACUAAAUAAUUUCAACGCUCCCGAUAUAUACUAUCCUGAGUCAUUGUACGAUUCAAUUAUUUCUAGGCUGGAUACGCUAAAUAUUAAAAAAAAAAAUAAAAGAUAUGCAGUUUUUAGAGAAUCUCUGUUAGCUGAAAAGGAGACUAUGAGUAAUCAUUAUAACUUGGUUGAAGAUAAGAAAUUGAUUUUGAAUAUUUGGGAAAAUGGAGGUCAUACUGCAACAAUAUCUCUUGUAACAUACAUUUCUAAAAGAUUAUUUAUUUCCGAGCUAGAUACUUUGUUCUGUUCUAAACUAGUUUGGUAUUUAUGUGAUAAAAAAGCUCCAGGAUUUAACUUUUGGGAAUUUACAAACAUGUGGACGAGAGGUUUGUUAAUGUUGAUCUCCAAUACCACACAAAAGGAAGCAUCACUAUUGGCACUGUUUGUCCGACUGGUUAUGGAACCAUUGAGUAAAUUAGUGAUUGAUGAACAUACCUAUUUUACAAUGAUAAGUGAUAAUCCUGCUUUUUCGAAAAGAUUGCCACCAAAUUACACCACAAAUCAGCAUGAUAACAGUAGCAUUACGAAUAUGCAUAUGAACAUUGAUAAUGAUGAUAUUGAAUACCCAAAAUUUGAAGAAUUUCUAACUGGUAUGAAAAGAUGGGAAACUAGGAUUCUUCGAGUCUUAUCAACACCACUCCAAUUAAUGACGAAUAAGGGCAGCGACGACUGUUGCAUUAGUUGGGUUGAAAGUAAAAGUGCCGUGCUGUUUUUAUCCCGUCUACAGGGGAUAUUUCCUACCAAUCAUCAAGUGGCUGAAUGCCUACAAUUUGGGUUAGAAAAUUUGGAGAAUUUCGCUAAAAGCAAAGAUUGGAAAGAUAUAAAGGUGGCGGCAUCUACACUACGCAAAAGGGCAUGUCAAUGUAGUUAUUUGUAA